AUGUCCCCCAUAGAUAGCUCAUCGCAGGAUACUAUCUCAAGCGCCAUACCCGCGGAGCUAUCAGUUCCGACGCCAGAAAUUACUCAAGAGGCUACAUCGCCGCAGGUAUCAUUGUCCGAUGAGAACAUUGCCCUUAAGCGGCGCAUUGCCGCGCUCGAAUCGGCAGAGGAGCGCCUUACGAAAAGAGUCACCACCGCCGAACAGCUUGCUGUAGAUGCGAAAUUCGAGACGAACGCAGCGGUAGCGCGCGCCCAAAAAAGGUAUACAGAGAUGCUACACGCCAACAACGAGACAAGACAUCUUAGGAUAGUGCUAGCAAAGGAGAAGAAAGAGCGCGCAGACUACCUAGUUGGCUCCAAGAGCGUCUUCCAAGGUUUGCAAGCCGAAAUCUGUCGCCUGAAUGAGGACAAGGCGGCGGGAGCUUGGGCGAAAGAGCUCACAGAGCAGAUAGAUACAUUUGAAGCUGGCUAUCUUGCAGUUAAGAAAGACAAAGAGGCAUUGGAAAAGAUUAUCAGCGAUCUGAAUAAGACCAUUACCCAGCUUAAAGGCGAGAAGGAUGUUUCCGACAAGAUGCUGAACGAUUUCAAAAAGCUUAUCACGGACUUACGACAAGAGCUUGACACAGAGAAGUCGAAAUCGAAAGCCGCGCCUGACGCACUCACCAAAGAGCAAAUCGAGGCUCAUAUAGCGACUGCCAGAGACGAAGCGAAUAAGGAAGCUGCAACAAAAGCACAAGGUAGUAUCGACACGAUCAAGACGAGUAUGAAAGAACAAUUCGAAACAGCCAUCAAGAACCGUCAGAUGCAGAUGCAGGCGCAGGUGCAGCAGUACAUAAAGACACAAAUGAAAGAAUGGCGCAUGACGGAGCAACGCUACAAAGAUGACAUAGCAGCAUUGGAAUCAAAACUGUCCGCCGCCACUAAGCAGAUCGAAUGGCAUGGGCAACUCCUGGCGGCAGCACCGAAUGCUAUUCAACACAGUCAUCAGAGGCCUAUCAAACAUGCCCAGGAAGUCUCGCCACAAGAGAUGUUCAAGCCCAGCAAGCGUAGGAGGCUUGAUUCCUUCGGUGCUGCCGGUAUCACCACGCCGGAUUUCCAACAUACACGCUCGGCUUCUCUCCUCUCCGAUACCAACGCUAUAAGCCCAGGACUAGCGGCGGAUACGAACGAUGAUGCUAUGAUGGGUGGCGCGCACGUUCGGGCACAGACUCAGACACCAAACAACAUCCACAGACGACAGUUGUCGCAGCACUCAAAUGGCUCAGCAGCUCGGAUGACGCCCACAAAACGCCUCUCACAGCAGCAGAACGGCAAAUCGUCUCCUCAGCAGCUACUGAACAUGAUGUCACCUCAGCAAGAACAGCAACUCUUUCAACAGAGAGCUUCGAACGAUGCGAGCCGCCAGUCGCCUACAUUCGGUUCAUAUGGCCCCGACCCGACGAAUGCAUCUCCUCGUCUCUCGCAACAAAUGAGAUAUAAUCAGCAAUCGAUUAACCAGCCCGGAAGCUUAGGCUUGUUUAAGGCACAAGACUUCGAGACACAUCAGUCGCGACGGAUGCGCCAACAAUUUCAGACACAAGCCCAAGCACAGAACUCAGAUUCAAUGCAGCAACACAUGCAACCUAGGCAGACUUAUGGUUCAGCCUCUAUGAUGCCGCCGCCCCAGCCUCGCAUCAUGCAGGUCCCUUCGAAGCGCUCAAUGUCAUUCGAUGGGCAACCUCCAUGCAUGAACCAGGAGGCGAGUAGGCGACACGCUCCCACCAUCAAGGACACGCAAGCCAUUACUGCUUUCAACGGCGGAGCCUCUUUUUUGGGAGAGACAUACUCUGGAGAUGAUUGGUUUUCUGCUGGGGGCGAGUCUGCCAUGCGAACUCAUAUCCCGAGGGCCUACACUCCGACCCUCCCUUCAAACGCGACGCCCAACUUGCAGGAGAUCAAUCACCAACAACCCCAGCAACGCAACUUUCAGUACUACACUGUCGACCCUUCUCAACUACAGAUAGGCAAUGAGAGGGACCUGUCUUACGAGUCCAACACCACCCCAAAUGAGCCUAACAAUUACAUGAAUGAUUCGCGACAGCCUUCAGUUUCAGGACGCACGACUCGGACUUCUUCUCGCUCUACACCCGCACCCGCUGGACGCUCGCGUGGACGGACUCCAGGUCCCUCUGAGCCAACCAGUGUUCCGUGUGUAAACUGUUACCGUCACUGGUGGGAGAACGAGUGUGAUGAGGGUGAACCAUGCUCGAACUGUGCCGCAGAAGGCGUUGACUGUGUGCGGCAGAAAUGCUUCAACUUUGCUGCUGGCACUUGUGAUAAGGGCAACAGAUGUCCAAACAUCCACGAGGGCGAUGAGCGAUAUCAAGAUAACAAUCGACUGGUUGACCAAACCAAGGCAGGUAAGCGGCCUCAACGGGUUGGAAAGAAGGCGGAUGCGGUGCCGGCGCCGAUCAUGAGGGAGCAGAAUUAG